AUGGUGCUGCUCAAGUUCCUGGCACUCCUUUUUGCUCUGGUUGUUUCUGACCUCCACAGCCUGCCCUGGUUUAUAAAUAUCUCCGAGAGCAAAGGCCCAGGCACCAUCCUUCAGUCUUUCUCCUUCAACUGUUCCUUCCACACGCCUACCCUGGAAUUGCUCAAUGUGCAGCCACCCACCACCUUCUUCAACCCACCCAGCUUGGCCAGAUGGAAAGGGAUCUAUGUGGGCCAGGUAACCUUGAGCAGCUCAGCUCGGCUGGAUGCCUUGAUGGUGAACCACUAUGAGCUGCAGCUUCGGUUCACUUGUGGCAGCCACGUGAUGGAGAGACCACUUUUUGUGGAUGUGCAGCGGGACCUUGGCCAUAUCCAGUGUGCUAGUCAAUUUUCCAGCCCAGCUGGAGAAAUGAUUCAGGUGCCAGAGACAGUCACACCUGGGGCCAGGCUAUACACUCUGCUGCUUCCAGGCCUAGAAUUCCAGGGAGCCCAGAUGAGCAUUAUCAGUGUCCAGGACCCUCCAUACUUCCCUGGACCUUUCUCCAUCAAUGAGCAAGGUUGGCUGCAGGCACCAUCCCAGGGCCUCAAAGGCCAAGCUGAAAAGGUCUUCCAGUUGCAGAUCUCAGUGUCUUAUGGACAAGGCCAAAGCUGCCAGGGGAUGGUGAUGGUGAAGGUUUUGCCUGCUUCCUCUCACCGAGUCUCCUUCCUGGAGCAGGCCCUGAAUAUCACCAUCCCUGACAACCUGGUCCCUGGGAGCGAGGUGGUUCAGGUCCAAGCCCAGGGCUUUGACUUGCGCUACGAAAUCCUGUCCCCGAUGCCAAGCCUACUCUUCUCCAUCGGACAUGCAAAUGGCGUGGUCCGGACCACCUCACCACUGGAUUUGACUCGUGCCCCGGGUGUGGUAGUCACCAGGCUGCAGGUGAAGGCCUUUGAGUGGCUCCAGCCAUGGGCCAGUGCCAAACUCAACCUUACGGUAAACAUGUGGUCUGUCAACCAAUGGCCCCCCCGCUGCCUCCCAGCACUCCUGAUGUCUCAAAUCCCUGAGACUGUGUCUGUGGGCACUGUGCUGAAUACCCUCAGUUGCACUGAUCCAGACUCUGCUGGUGCCACCCUUGACUACCAGCUAUUGUUCCAUAGCCAUCCCAACCCUGACAGCUUCUACCUUCGCGACAAAGUCCUUGAGGUGAAUGCCACAUUGGACUGUGAUACUCCUGAAGCCUGCUUCCAGCAUGCAGCCUCCAUCCUGGUGCUUGAUGGUGGUCAGCCCCAGAUGACCACUGAAGUGCCAGUACUGGUGAUGGUGACACCUGUCAAUGAGUUCUCCCCAGCCUGUGCCCCACGCACGUUCCGGGUUCGGGAAGAUGCACAGCCCCACACUGUAGGCUCUGUGGCGGGCACGGAUAUGGAUUACCCGCAUGACAGCAUUGAGUACUACACCUCUGGCUGGCCUGACAUUUUUGCUGUGGACCGUCUCAGUGGGGAGGUUCAUCUCCUAGGACCUUUGGACUAUGAGCAGCAGAGGCUAUACAGGCUCACUGUCCUGCUGAUUGACUAUGGCCAAGACUGGGACCCCACCUAUCACCGCUCAGGCUCCUGUACCAUCACCAUUGAGGUUGAGGAUGUGAAUGACUAUGCCCCGGAGUGUGAGCCCUCAUUUCAGGAACUCACCAUCUACACUCCUCUGGGCCAUAGUGUGGAAGUGACCAAGGUGUCAUGCUGGAUCCCUCAGGAGCCACAGCGCCUGCCCUUCUCCUAUAACAUUGUGGGAGGGAAUAGCCAGAGCCGAUUCAGCCUGCAAGGAGCCUUCCUGGUGUACUAUGACCCUGUGUUGGGGUCCCCCUGGCCAGAGCAGCCCCAUACCUAUGAGCUAUUGAUUCGUGUGGCUGAUGCAGGGCCCUCCAUCUCCCACCUCAGCACCACAGCCACCAUCAUUGUGCAUCUAGUUCCCUCGAAAGCUAACACAGUGGCCACCAGUACCCACAGAAUCACAGUGCCCUCGAUGAUACCUCUGCUUGUGACAGACACAGAAGCUUUCUGGCAGCCAGAGCCCUGGUUUGUGGUGGUACUGACAAUUACAGGUGCCCUUUUCCUCUUGGCUCUGGGCUGGCUCCUCUGCAAACUCCUCCAUGGCUUGGCCCAGUUGCUACAGGAACCAAGAAAACCAACCCAGGCUGUGCUGCUCACCAGCAUCCAGGGAAUUGAGGGGCCCAUUGAGAGGUUUAUGGAGGUACCAAGGAUGGAGAUGUCCCCGGCACCCAGCAGCAUCAUAAGCCUGCAUUUUGAUGGCAGAGCACAGGACUCCCGUACAGGCAGAGACUACCUAUUCAACACGCACACAGAAGCCCGGCGCUGGCUCUAA